AGAAUUAUAGUUCUUAAUUGUAAAUUUAUUUAUUAUAAUCACAUAAUUUUCAUAGUUUGAUUUUUUCGAUAGUUUUACUAUUAAAAACAUUGUUUGACUCUUUCAAUUUAACAUAGCUUCACUAUUUCCGCCAAACGUAACGUCUUAUUUUGUUUCCCGUAAAGAGACGUCAUUAAAUUGUUUACGGUGACGUCAUUAACCGUUACUUUGAUAUGUUGUUUUGCCUUGGGCGGAAGUGCUUAAAUUGUUGAUGUGUUUUGUUUAUUGAUGUUUUCCAAUGGAAAGUAGAUCAUAAUCGAGAAUCGCAUUGUUGUAUCACAUUGAUAUAUUAUUCCAUGAAUGAGAAUAAAGAAAAGUGUUGAAAUCUGCGCAUUCUUGACUAUUUUUAACGGAAAACAUUUACAAUUCUCGAUUUACAAUUCUCGAUUUUUACAAUUCUCGAUUUUACUGUGACGAAAAUGCCGUCAACAAAUAGUGCGGAAACUUGUAUAAUCAGGAGUUUGUCAGUUUGAAGAGAUCAAGAAGUGCAAAUGGCGCUCAACUGACGAAACUUUACAAUGAACUUGAAAAGAGCAUGAUGUCCUACAAUAAUAUAGAAGAGGUAAAACUACUGAACAGUAAGUUAUGUGAACGCUUUGAACAUUUCAAAUCAGUGCAUUUACAAUGUUUAGAUUUGUGCGCGCAACCGGAAGUUGUUGCAGACUUGGAAGCGAACUUUGAGAGCUGUUUAAAGAACUUUGAAGAAUUCAGGGAAAGAUUUUCUCAGUGGAUCGCGGGAGCUAUUGGACCGCAAGAUGGAGAAAAUAUUCCUAUAGAAAAUGACGCAGAGUCAAAUGUCAGCCAUGGAAGUUCACGUACUUCAGUCUCGUCGCGCCGGAAAUUACAAAGUGCUAAAGCAAAGCGUUUAAUAGCAGAACACAAAUUAAAACAACUUAAAAAGAAACAAGAACUUGAACGAGCUCGCCGGGAUCUUGAAAUGAAACAACAAUUGUUAGAUCAGCAGUCGGAAUUAGAAGAAGCAGAAAUAGAAGAAAUGGUGUGGUUAGAAACAACACAGGAAGAAACCGGGGUCAUAUCUAACAAUCAAAAUGCUCAGCCUGACGUACAAAAUAAUAUGACUAAUCAUAUUCAGGUGAACAACCGUACAGAUUCUGUGAGAAAUAUAACUUUGACACAGCCCAGACCGGAAAUAAACAGAUCGUGUAUACCGGAAGUUGACAGUGAGAGAUCAAACAUUGACAGAUCAUUUCAAAGAUUGGCGUCAGCACUUCAUGAAGGAUUCAACUUACCGAAGCCAGAAACUAUUGACAUUUGAUGGGAAGCCUGAAGGAUACUGCAAAUUUAUCAAAAACUUUGAAACAAACAUUGAAAGCAGAAUAAGUGACAAUAAUUUAAAGCUAAGUUAUCUCAUUCAGUAUUGUACAGGUAAGGCAAAAUCUAGUAUAGAAGAUUGUGUUUUGUUAGAACCGGAAGAAGGUUAUAAACGUGCUAGUCAAUAUUAUUGUCUAGAUUUGGCAGACCACAUUUAAUUGCAAGGUCUUACAUUGAUAACUUGGUAAAUGGUGCUCAGAUUAAAGCGUCCGAUGUUGAAGGGCUAUCUAAAUUAUCUUUAGAGAUGCAGAAAUGUGAAAUUACACUUUCUCAGUUAGGAUUUUCCUCAGAUAUUGAUAAUACAGAAAAUUUAAGAUGCAUUGUUAGGCGGCUCCCAACACAUAUAAGGGUAAAAUGGGUAGAAGUAGCACAUUAUAUAAAUGAGUCAGGUAGAGUGCCGCGCUUUUCAGAUUUGUCUAAAUUUGUAGACGAAAAAUCACGUAUCGCUAACUCCAUGUAUAGCUAUGAUAUUUGUAAAAACAAUGAUUUUAUCAAGAAAGAAACCAGAAACAGUUCUGGCAAAUAUUACAGUAAUGAUAGACCAAAGGUUACUACUCUAAAUACACAUACUGAAGAAAACGGUCAUGAAAGUAGUAAAUGCAUUUGUUGUUCAGGUAACUGUGCAGAGUUAUCACUGUGUAACAAGUUCAAGUCAAUGAGUCUCAAUGAUCGU